GAACUUGUGAAGAAGUCCACUUUGGUCACACUUGGAAUGGCAAGCGACGGACCAACAGCAGUCAGUGAGGCAGUGUCUGUUUCUUGUCAACAGUCAACAGCACCGUUCACACACCGUUCACGCAUCACCGAUCACGGUUCAGGCUGACACACCCGCACACCCGCACACCCGCACACCUAAGCACAUGAACAAAACAACAGCCGCCAAUCCACUCAUGAAUCCAUUCAUUCAUUCAUCCUUUCUCCAUCCCCUCCGGAAUCCGGUGACAACUUGAGAACUUCAGAGUUGAGUUUCGCGGGUUCCGUCGGUUGCUCGGUCCAUCGCCGGCCUGCCGGCCUGCCGGCCUGCCGCCCUGCCGCCCUGCUGCGAAUCCCCGGCCAGCCCGUUUGAAAGGCCCCUUCCAACCCACCCUUGUGGUGAGGCACGGUUCCCCUGGACUCGAGUCAGUUGUUGUUGCCAGUUCCGGCCUGCAGGCCGACUGCCACUGGACCUGACUAGCCACACCUCUGGAUGACCCCUAAUUGACUGACUGAAACCGCUGAUUGUAAUUAAUUACUGCCGGUGUUUCUCCCCAUUCCUGGGAUCCCCAAAUCGCGGAAUAGGGCGAUCAACUGGGACAAAUCCCGGACCAGCGGGCAGUUUGUGGGCCAGAUGCCGUCUAGCAACACGCGGGUGGUCUAUUUCUAUGACCCGGACGUGGGCAACUUCCAUUAUGGGCCGGGUCAUCCCAUGAAGCCGCAUCGCUUGAGCGUAACCCAUUCGUUGGUGCUCAACUACGGACUUCACAAGUCGCUCAAGGUGUUUCGGCCCUAUAUCGCCACGGCUCAUGAUAUGGCCCGCUUCCACUCCGAGGAGUACAUCGAAUUCCUCCAACGCGUCACGCCCCAAAACAUCCAGGGCUUCACCAAGAGCUUGUCUCACUUUAACGUGGGCGACGAUUGCCCCGUGUUUGACGGCCUGUACGAGUUCUGCGCCCGCUACACCGGCGCCUCCAUGGAGGGCGCGGCCAAGCUCAACAACGAGGGCUGCGAUAUCGCCGUCAAUUGGUCGGGUGGACUGCAUCAUGCCAAGAAGUUCGAAGCCUCGGGCUUUUGCUACGUCAACGAUAUCGUGAUUGGUAUUCUGGAAUUGCUCAAAGUCCAUCCGCGUGUCCUUUACAUCGACAUCGACAUUCACCACGGUGAUGGCGUGCAGGAGGCAUUCUAUCUCACGGAUCGCGUCAUGACCGUUAGCUUCCACAAGUACGGCAAUUACUUCUUUCCCGGCACGGGCGACAUGUACGAAAUCGGGGCGGAAGUGGGGCGUUACUACUCGGUCAAUGUGCCCUUGAAAGAAGGCAUGGACGAUCUGAGCUACGAGUUGGUCUUUAAGCCCGUGGUCAAGGACGUCAUUGACUUCUAUCGGCCCACAGCCAUCGUAUUACAGUGCGGGGCCGAUUCGCUGGCCAACGACCGAUUGGGCUGCUUCAAUCUCAGCAUCAAAGGCCACGGGGAAUGUGUUAGUUUCGUCAAGAAGUUCAAUAUCCCAACGCUGGUUUUGGGUGGGGGUGGGUACACGGUGCGCAACGUGGCCCGUUGUUGGACCUACGAAACGUCCAUUUGUGUGGAUAAGGAUCUGUCCGACGAGCUACCUUACAACACCGAAUACUUCGAGUACUUCUCGCCCGACUUCAGCCUCCAUCCUGAUGUCAACCCGCGCUCGGAGAACGCCAAUUCCAAGCAGUAUCUAGAUUCAAUCGUCGAAUCCAUGCACACCCAACUUAAGAUGGUCCAACAUGCGCCCAGCGUUCAGAUGCAGGAUAUGCCUGGAACGAUUUAUCCCGAUGAUCACGAUCACUUGGACGACCUGGAUCCGGAUGUGCGCAAUCACGAGAUCGAGGAAGAGAGGCGCACUGAGGCAGAAAACGAAUUUUACGAUGGUGACCGAGAUCAAGACGGGCCCACCGAAGAUUUGCCGGCCAAGUAAAACGCGAAAAGCACUUGGUUGGUAUUAGCAGAUAUGUUUUCAGACCAACCGCCAAUUCCACUCCUUCCUUCUCCUACUCGUAACGUCUGAAUUAAUGCCACGCCCGCAGCCGGCCAUUUGCUUUUGUAUUAUUGUAGCGCACCCCUGAAAUAAGACAAGAUGAAAUGAAAUAGCCAUGUAACAGUACGUACAAUAAACGUAACUCUGUAUUGUAAACCAA